ACAACAAACACUACAUGAUUAGAGCAUACAUUUGUACUGUAGCACAGAAGCUAUAUCUCAUAUCCCAGUUCCAGUUUGUUCAACGAUUUAAUUUGCCAAAAGGAACAAUGGAGUUUUUGUGUCUAUUCGUUUCUUGUGAUCAGUGUCUUCUACCUCCCUAGUGAUGGUCAAAUGUUCAACUUAGUCUCCAUCAACGAUUGACUCUAAAGCCAGAGCGAGAUUGUCGUUUGAACAGCGAAUGAUGGGAUUUUGUUGUCAUUCGCUCCAUUGACCAAAACAUGAGACCAUCAUUUGGCGGUCAAUUUUAGGAACGGUCACCGUGAAAAAAUGUUUGUCUCCAGGAGAAUUUAUGUCUAAGAGUUGUGCCCCGUUGUUUUAAUGUAGCGUGAGCUUUCGGAGAAAAACGUAACGUAUCAGUGAAGUGACAAUCUAGUAUGUAACUAGAGAUGUGUCAGUGAAGUAACAAUCUAGUAUGUAACUAGAGACGUAUCAGUGAAGUGACAAUCUAGUAUGUAACUAGAGAUGUGUCAGUGAAGUAACAAUCUAGUAUGUAACUAGAGAUGUAUCAGUGAAGUGACAAUCUAGUAUGUAACUAGAGAUGUGUCAGUGAAGUAACAAUCUAGUAUGUAACUAGAGAUGUAUCAGUGAAGUGACAAUCUAGUAUGUAACUAGAGAUGUAUCAGUGAAGUGACAAUCUAGUAUGUAACUAGAGAUGUAUCAGUGAAGUGACAAUCUAAUAUGUAACUAGAGAUGUAUCAGUGAAGUGACAAUCUAGUAUGUAACUAGAGAUGUAUCAGUGAAGUGACAGUCUAUUAUGUAACUAGAGAUGUAUCAGUGAAGUGACAAUCUAGUAUGUAACUAGAGAUGUAUCAGUGAAGAGACAGUCUAUUAUGUAAAUAACACUUCAUCUGAUCUAAGGCUCUGUGGUCAAGUAUGUAACUAACUUGACUACAUCUGAGAUUCGGCUCUGUGUUUAUGAUCAAAGAGAAAUCUGGUGAAGAUUUGAAGAAUUAUCAUGUCAUAGACCUUCUGUAGGGAACAGGACCAGGAAAAAGAGAGAAAAAGCGAUGGAAAAACAUACAAGAAGGGACGGGCCUUCCAUUGAAAGAGGUUCUAUCCAUGGCAAAAGACAGAGAGGAAUGGAGAAAGAUGGUCGAAAGAUCUUGUGUGGUUCCCCAACGGUCCAACAGACUAAGGGAUUGGUGAAGGGGACGUUAUAAUAAUUAAUUGCCAAUAACUAAUGGACUAAAGUCACUAACUGGUUAAUUUUUUUAUUGAUUCAUGUUUUGUUUGAUGCAGUAAAUAAUUGGGUAUAGUCUUCAGCUUGACCCGAGAAUGGAUGUGUGAGAAAUAAGGUGGAUAAUUAAUUAAGGGGACAAAACUCCACAUAUCUAGCCAUAUCUCUUAAUACUGACGGAUUAGUUCCCCUUUUUGGUAUAAAACAAAAUAAUUACUUCUCUGAAAUUAAUUGACUAAUUAGUUAAUUUUUAAGUGAUUGAUCUUUUCUUAGGUACAAUAAUCCGAGUAUUGGUGUGGGAGAUCACAUGUACAAGAUUUUUAUCAGACAGACAGUUGAGACAAGCUUUAUAGAAAUGUUUUUAGAAAGUCCUCAAGAUAGAGACAGUCAUAAUGUCCGGACUUCCUAGAGACAUGACUAAUAGGAAUGGGUGUAAUGAAAUGGACCGCUUCAUUUUAAACAAAACACUCAUACAUCUUGAACUGUUCUUCAAGUUUUAAGUCCCUAUAUAGUCAUGUUUUCUAGUCAUAUUUUCUUGUCUUAUUUUCUAGUCUUAUUUUCUAGUCUUAUUUUCUAGUCAGGUUUUCUACUCACGUUUUUUUUUAAACAGCGCUUUUUUUAAUUAAGAAUGAUUAGCAACUAAUAUAGACAAUAAUCAGUCUAUAAAAUCAAUACAGAAACUGCACAUUCUAGGUAUCAAUGAAAUCAAUAAAUGGAGGAUUAUUAAUAGUCAGAAUCUUCUCCAAAAAAAUUUGAUGGAAAACUAGGAGUUCAAUAUGUUAAUAAAAACAAAUGAGUUUGUCCAGCACCACUUUCUUUUCUCCAGUGACCCACGUCCAGCACCACUUUCUUUUUCUCCAGUGACCCACGUCCAGCACCACUUUCUUUUCUCCAGUGACCCACGUCCAGCACCACUUUCUUUUUCUCCAGUGACCCACGUCCAGCACCACUUUAAUAAACUUCUUCAACUAAUUAGACACAAGAUAUUUUUGGAAACAAACGUAAAUAUUUAAAGAAAAGUAAAAAAACUCAAGACUUUCCAGAGUCAUUGUAAGAAACAGAGUUAACCAGUGAAAGGGAUGACAAUCUUCUGUGUGUGUGAUGUGAGCAGUGAAUCUCAUUAAUGAUCCAACAACCAAUGGAAUAGUGUGAAUGACAUGCAUACCUCCAUUUUGUUCUCGACUCUCUUCUAGUUUUACUGUUUCUUGCAAUAUUCGUUUUGUUUGGAUCAUAUCAUUUCAAUCGGUCAUCUCGUCGUCACUAUUGGCGCGACCUUUCUUAGGAAAACAUAGCACUCAACUUCAAAGUCACUGGACGAAUGAGUAUUGUCAGCAGAUGUGGGUGUGUCAAUAAGCACGUGCGUGUACGCGUGUCUGUGUGCGUGCAUAUUAAAUAACAAGCACGUGUCCAAUGAGCUGCACAUCAAGAGGAAACACACCGACACAAAACAGCAAGGACGCUAACUGGGAGGUGGGGAGGUAACAGAAGCUCACCAUUUCUUCGAAUAUUUGAAUCGAUUGAAUAGCUCCUUCGGAUCCAUCACUAUGUGCCGUCCAGUGGGAGCUAAGUUUCAAUUGAGUCUUUUGUUUUUGGGAACUUGGACAAAAAUGUUACCCUACAGAUGCUGUGAGUUUGUAAAGGGACGUAACUCAUAAUAUUUCUGACUUUGUAGUAAAGACCGAUGGAAGUAUUUUUUAUUAGCUGGUGGUCGUGAUUGGUCCAUUUGUACGAGCAUCAGUCCGAUUAAACAUCUGGUUGUGUAGACUUCGUGUCGGCAUUGAUUGGAUUGGACAUCUUUCUUUGUGCACUGACAUUUAAUCAUUUUAGCUAUGGUCGAAAUUCUUAGUUAAAUAGAGAAUUAUUUCAUUUUGAAGUGCUUCUUUAUCAUAUGUUGCUCGGGCUUAGCUUCAACGUCUAGGCACUGAACACACAAAAAAACAACAACUGAUGUUGAGAUAGUGUCAGUAUAAUGAGUAAAAGUCUGCUGGCUUGCGAUGGACCUCAUAAGUACCAAACUCGUGAAUUCUUGCAAAUUGUUUCCCUUUUAUUGGAACUCUCCAGAGGCGAGAGUGUCAGACACGGAUCGAGACACCUAACUCCAGGACAAAGACUCGACUUCAGUUUUUUCUAAGAAGUUCCACAUCAGCACCAUGAUGUCUCUGACAGUGCCUGGGGACGUCGGGACGUCCAAUGAACGCCGACGUCACUCCUGGAUCUGUUUCGAUGUUGAAAAUGGACCAAGUGGUCAAGGCCGAUCACCUCUCGAUGGCGGAAGUCCCUCAUCAGCUUUGGUACUACAAAAUCUUCCCCAGCGGAGGGAAUCAUUUUUAUACAGAUCGGACAGUGACUACGAACUAUCCCCCAAGUCAAUGUCCAGACAUUCGUCCAUGCAAAGUGAAGUUACACAACAUGCUGAAGACUUGAUAGUAACACCGUUUGCUCAAAUUUUGGCCAGUCUACGUAGCGUGAGAGCCAACUAUAUCAAUCUAACCAAUGUCCCGAACAAAGAAAGAACGAGGCGAGGUUCUUCUGAUCGCCAUGCUCAUGGUCUGCUGAACCAAGCCUCCAUGUCUCCCCAACACCAUCAGCUCUCACCUGGGGCUUCCAGAGGAUCAGAAGAUGGUUACAUGAAACUUGCCACAGAGACUCUAGAAGAGUUGGAUUGGUGUAUGGAGCAGUUAGAAACUAUCCAGACCCACCGAUCUGUCAGUGACAUGGCAUCCAGCAAGUUUAAAAGAAUGCUGAACAGAGAGUUGAGUCAUUUUGCUGAAUCAAGUAAAUCUGGAAACCAAAUAGCAGAGUACAUUUGUAGUACCUAUUUAGAUAAACAACAAGAGCUUGACCUUCCGACCCUGAAGGUCGAUCACGUGGAUACUGUUGUAAAAGCUAAAAAUAUAGACAAGACAAGACCCAUGUGCCAAAUUUCAGGGUUAAGAAAGUUGAAACAUGCCAACAGCUUUACUGGCAUAGUUCCUACACAUGGUGUUGAGACACCAUACAAGGAAGAACUCACAAAGAUCUUAAACGACAUAGACAAAUGGGGCAUUGACAUCUUCAAAGUCAAUGAAUUCUCAAACAACCGACCUCUCACUUGUGUAACAUAUACAAUAUUUCAGGAACGAGAGCUCUUGAAGACAUUUAAUAUUGCUCCCCAUACAUUAGUGACCUACAUGAUGCAUGUUGAGGACCACUACCACCGGGACACACCCUACCACAAUGCCAUCCAUGCAGCUGAUGUCACACAAUCGACACAUGUUUUACUUUCAGCCACUGCUUUAGAGAAUGUGUUCACAGACCUAGAAAUUUUAGCAGCAAUAUUUGCAUGUACUAUACAUGAUGUAGACCAUCCAGGACUCACCAAUCAAUAUCUUAUUCAAACAAGUUCAGAGUUGGCAUUAAUGUAUAAUGAUGAAUCAGUUUUAGAAAACCAUCACCUUGCUGUAGCAUUCAAACUGUUACAAGAAGAAAACUGUGAUAUUCUGGAUAAACUAACUAAAAAACAGAGACAAUCUUUUAGAAAAAUGGUUAUAGACAUGGUAUUAGCAACAGAUAUGUCUAAGCACAUGACAUUAUUAGCAGAUCUAAAGACUAUGGUAGAAACAAAGAAAGUUGCAGGGUCAGGAGUUUUGUUGUUAGACAAUUAUCAAGAUAGAAUACAGGUUCUUCAAAAUAUGGUCCAUUGUGCUGAUCUAAGUAACCCAACAAAACCUUUAGAGAUUUAUAAAACGUGGGUUGAUCGGGUCAUGGCAGAGUUCUUCAAGCAAGGUGACCAGGAAAGACUGUUAGGUCUUGAUAUCAGCCCCAUGUGUGACAGACAUACAGCCACUAUUGAGAAAUCUCAAGUUGGGUUUAUUGACUACAUUGUUCAUCCUUUGUGGGAGACCUGGGCAGAUCUUGUCUAUCCAGAUGCUCAAGAGAUUUUAGAUACAUUAGAAGACAACAGGGACUGGUACCAUGCAUCCAUUCCCAUCUCGCCGUCCUCCAGCUUCUGUAGCACUAAGACAGAGGAGGAGGAGAAAUUUCACUUUCAUGUGGAAGAAGAAGUAGAGAGUCACAGUAGUGCAGAGAGUGAACAAUCUGUGAUCAGAGUACCUGCAGCCAAUCAGGAAGCAAAUUGUACUCACCUGGAAACUACACCUGCUUCAACUGAAUCUUCAAAUGGCCACUUAGAUCCUGUCUCAAACUCUAAUAGUAAGAAAACUGCAGUGGAAUAGUCGGCUAUACUUCACAAAAAAAACUAGCUGAAUUUUAUGAUUCUUACUGGCGGCUUUUAACAUGCUGUACAUGUCUGUAAUCAAGCCAAACAAAUGCUUUGACUGACUCAACAAACUUUUGUCCUUCUAGUGAACUAAUUACACAACAUUUCUGUGAUAUUUUAAAUAAAGUGAAAGUGUGGAUGGUGUGUAAAAAAUUGAAUUCAAGCUGUAUUAGCAAGAUAUGUAAAUAGUUUACUUUUAGUAUUAUCUAGUUAACUAAUUGUGUGAUGUUAUUUAUGUGGAAAAAAAACAGAAACAAAUGCAAUAUAGACAUUAUUAUUAUUAUGAAUUUCAUAAAUGGUUUGUCUGGUCUAGUAAGGUUUAGUUUUUUUACAAUCAAUGUUGCCAAAGGUUGAUGGCAUUGAAUGUGAGGGCCGUAAGGCUAUUGUCCAGUGACUGAACUCCAAAUAUUUUGUUUAAGACUCAAAGAUAUUUGAACCAAAUAUGUUUUAUUUAAUUAUAGUGCAAAGCUAUCCAAUUAUUAUAAUUUUUAUCUUGUUGUAAAAGAAUUUAUUAGUCAAUGAGAAAGAUUUUUUUUUUUGCUAAAUACAAUUAAACAUAUAGAUUUUUUCCUCCAACCCUAAAUAAUGCAAUUUUGUACUAACAAUUUGCUCAUACAACGAAAUAAAACUGUGUGUUGUACAUUUGUUUAACCCACUGAGUGUUCUCCCCUUCUCAAGGUCACCUCCACACUUUGCAACUGGAAAACUCUCAGCUAAAAUGUCCAACAUUAAAUUAUGCAUUUUUGUUUUCUAGUCAUCAAGCUUAUUUGUAUAAAAUGCCACCAAUAAAUAUUAAUAUAAAAAUCUUUUAAGAAACUCUGGCUCCUUUAAGUUUAACUUUAUUAAAUUUAUAUAAAUUGUAUACAACUAAUGAAACUUAGCUUUAUUUGUACAAAUGCUCCUUCUUCUCUAGAGCAUGGAAUUGGUUGCCUGAAUCAGCCAGGAAAAACAAAAACUUUGCAGAGUUUAAGUCAUUGAUGAACAUUCAUGACUAGAUUGACCUAAGGUUUAAGUCAUUGAUGAACAUUCAUGACUAGAUUGACCUAAGGUUUAAGUCAUUGAUGAACAUUCAUGACUAGAUUGACCUAAGGUUUAAGUCAUUGAUGAACAUUCAUGACUAGAUUGACCUAAGGUUUAAGUCAUUGAUGAACAUUCAUGACUAGAUUGACCUAAGGACACACUUAGGAUGUAUCAUCUUCUUUUUUGAAGUAAGGUCUGUGUAUUUUGGAAGAAAACACAAAUUUAUAUAAAUCUUUUCUAAUUAAUGAUAGUUAAGCUAUAUUAAACUUAUUCUAUCCUUAAUAUACUGUAUUCUUCUUGAAUAAUUAGGACUAGAUUAUCAAUAGAAAAGUGUCAUCUCCAAAAAUAAUUUUAAAAGUUUGUGUUUUCCUAAUUCCUAAAAAAAAAAUCAUAAAUAUUUCAUUAAAAAAUAAUAUAAGAACAACAGAAAUAAACUACAAUAAAAAUUAUUGAAUACCAGAAAUAGUUUGUGUUUAUCAGGACUAACUUUCCUCAUUUUUUGUUUUGAGUUGAUAACGAGAAAUGUUAAAUAUGAUAGUUCUGAUAUAUCUUUGUUUUGGAAAACAAAGGGUCUGUAUUACCAUGUAAAACAGCAAUAAUUACCACCUAUAACUCAUUUUUUUUUAUCAUCCAUUGUUUUUUGUUCUUAAUGUUUGUAUCCAUUUUAAAGAUUAUACAAUUGAAAAGUAUAUUUUAUGUAGCAGGUUUUGUUAUUGUCUUUGCUAACAUCAUGAUGAUAUUAUCAACGUAAGCAAAAUAAUUGCUAUUGAUAUUAUUAUGUUUUAUUAUUGUCUAUUGCAUCUUCAUUCAUAUGUGUAUAUUUACCAUUGAAGAAAAGUCAUUAAUGAUGUGAGCUACACAUUUAUUUUAUUUAUUGAAACUAAACUCUUACAAUUAGGUCAUCAAAAUUCAAGACAAUUUUUUUUAAAAUCAUUACACUGUUCAACAAAAUGUUUAGCUGGCAAGUCAAAAAUGUGAUGUGAGGUACUUGUAAAAACAUUUAUAGCCAUAUUUUUUGUAACUUACAAUUUAUUUUUUUCAAUUCAUUUUCUCAUUACCCAUUAUUCAAUAAGAAGUCAAUGGUCAAAAGAAGUUGCUCUAGAGCUGGCAGUUCACAUCCAGAAACUAUUAUAACAUAUAAUUGUAAAUUGUCCAGCAGUCACUUAUUGCUGCCAGUUAGUCAUCUAUCUUGCCACAGUCAUUAGUGUAACACUUGUUUGCAUCCAUAUCUUAACCUAUUUAUUUAUUUAUUAAGGAUAUGUUGUUGUUUUAGGAUAACUAGUUGGUAUUUUACACAGUUAAUGAGUAAGACUGAAAAGUUCCAAUUAGUUUUCAGACAAUAAUAGUUUCUAUUCCUAGUUUAACUUACUAGUUAACUUUUUACAAAUGAUAACUUAAAGUUACAAGAAAAAGUGUAACUAUAAACUCUUUUUAACUUUAACUAACUUUAUCUCACAAUAGUGAUCAUAUUUUGUUCUCAUAUUUAAUGUAGAUUAACUAAACAUUACUUCACUCUAAGCCAUUAAACUUAAUGCUGCCUAAAUUUAUACAAGUUGGUCAAUGCUUAAAGUUCCCUGCAACAUGUCAACAAAGUCAAAGUUUCAUUGUCGUUCCAUAUUUAAAAGUUAUGAGUACGAUUUCUAUUUAGCUUAAAACACACUUGAUUCAAAUCUGUUUGGUGGUGUGAGAAGGCUUACACCUAUUAGUAUGAUAUCUCAUUCAUCGUAAACAAUAAGACAAUAUUCUUAUCAAGUUUUGAGCUAUUGACUUGAGCUCUAGAUUAGAUGAUUAACAAAAACAGUAAAAGAACAGACUAAAACUUUCAUGGAUUGAAAAUUUAUAAACAAAGAAGUCUAGAGCAAACUCUAGAAAAUUGUUCUGAGUAUUAGAGUUUUAAUUUACAAAAGAUUGUUUGGAGUAAACAAAUAGUGUUUAAUGAAUUCAUUUAUUGUGUUGUGAUUCUCAAUCAAUUUUGCAAUCAUUUGUUUAAUUACUAAACAAUUUUUAAGCUCUGCUGCAAAGGCAUCUAAUACUAAACCAUGACAUUGCACUUUUUUUUUUUUAAUUUAAAUUGUCUUAGAGCUUUCUUAUAAUCAUUUUAUGUUUAAAAAUAAACUAAAAAAAUGUGUUUGUGUAAAAAUAGAAGUUCAAUGUCAAGAACUGAAACAGAAUUAUAAUAAAUUGCUCAAACUCUAUUGUGUAGCCUUGUGUUGUAGUGGUGAUGUAUGCAGCCAAACCUCUUCAUUCCUCCUGGUCAGAUUCUGAUUAAAAGGCACUCCUUGUAUAAACUCUCAUUGUCUAAACAAGCUUCUUUAAUGCAACCUCUCAAAUGUAUCUUGGAGGAUAAUUUUGAUCAAGGACUUUCACAGAGUAUGUUCCAGCCAUCAACAACUGAAGAGCUUCAUUGUUUGACUCCAAUUUUUUUUGGAAUGUUGUGAUAAUGAAAAACAAAGUAGCCCUUAAUAUGAACUUUGGUGCUACUUUAUGCAUGCAAGGUAACUCUGUACAAACUGAUAGCUCCAUGACAAAGCUCACACUCGGUAUUAUCAUAUGUUAUAAUGUGGUAUCACUUAUUUUCACAAGAUGUCCCUUAUGGUAUCACUGUUUAAUCAAUGGUAUUCUUUUGUGUUAUCUGAUGCUAUCCCCUUGAGUUAUCACAUGGUAUCCUCUUGUGUUAUCACAUAGUAUCCUCUUGUGUUAUCACAUGGUAUCCCCUCGUGUUAUCAUAUGGUAUCUCCAUAUGUUAUCACUACUCUUGUUAAGUAUUUGUAAAUAACUCCAGCAUGAUCUCAGAAAGUGAUUGCAAUAUCAAUUUUUUGAACUUGUUGACAACAUAAUAAAUGUUGAAAUGUUUCAAUUCUUUGCAAUGACCUCUUUUAUUCAUGACUUUCUUAGACAAUGUUUUCAAAGAUUUCUUUUUUAUUUAUUUAUAUUUCAUCUGGUUAUAUUUUAAAUUUUCCAUGAUUUAAAAUUGGCUUAUCUUUUUAAAGAUCAAUUGUUAAAAACAGCACUUGAUAGGAUUGCAAUUAUUUUUUUACCAUACUUUGAUGGUACGUCUAUAAAUUCCCAUAAAUGUUUUUUUUAAUUCUUGAGUUCUCAUUAAAAAAUAAAACUUAACCAUUUAUGUCUUCUCUGAUGCUUACAGAUAUCUUUUUAAAUGCUUUAAAACAUAAACAGAAUAUUUUUGUCAAACCUGCAAUUCUGAUCUAAUUGUUUGUUAUCAGGGAAUUAUGGCUAUGAUUAGUUUUAGUGUAAUUAUAUCUCAAGUCUGAUGAACGAGCUGCUACUUUCAUUAUUUUUUAUAUGUUAUUUUCAAAUAGUAUGGAUAUUUGAUUCCCCUAAGCAACAUUCUUUGACUGUUAAAUUUUAAGUCAGCUAAUAUUAUUUUCUAGUUUUUGUUUUUUCAUGUUUUUUUCUGAUGCUUUAAAAUAAAAAGAGGAUACACAAUUUUGAAGAAACUAAAUUAAUACUUUAAAUAACUUUCAAUUUAUUUGCUAGUAUGUAACUACAAUAAACUUUAAUGCAAAUAAAUGUCUGCACAUUGGAUGCUAGCAAUAAAUCUCUCGACCCAGGAAGAAUAGCAUCAUAAAUGUCUGUACAGACCUUAAAUCCUGACAAUGAAAGCUUUUUUUUUUUGUCAUCUCUACAGACUGACUUUCUUAGUGAUCCAGUCAAGAUGACCAAGUUCUAGAUAUGGUUUAUUUUGAGUUAGGGAAGCUGUCAAGAGGGUUUGAACAGGGUACAUAACUCAUAUGACAACUAUCUAUUUUAAAUGUCAUUGCAUCUGCUUCAAUUACAAUUGCCAUUUUCAUGUAAAAAGAAAUGACCUGUGUGAAUAUUAAAGCUGCUUUAUAACUUGUUUUCCUUUUUUUUUAAAUUAGUCAAUGUAAUUUAAUGCAGUAAUAAAUGUGGUUGUGUUUAUUGUCUCACAAAGUAGACAACAUAUGGUCUAACUAAAGCCAGCAAGAUUUUAUUGAUUUUAGCAAGUCUAUAACCAGCAAGAUUUGAUUGACUUUAGCUAUGCUAUGAUGAUUAAAAAGAAAUGUUUCAUGAUGAAAUAAUCUAAUUGUAACUUGUUAUAAAAUUCUUUUUUUUUCUUACUUUCAUUUUAUUUUUUUAGAGAUUAGUUUACAAUGAUAAUUCUAAAGUAUCUUCUUGUCAUGCAAAAAAAAAAAUCUAAGAUGAAAAGAAACAAGCCAUAAUUUAUUCUGUAUUUAUUUGUUUCCAUCUGAAAGAUGUAUACAUUUUAAAAACAGAGUGAUACUUAUGGUAGUAUUACAAUGUACCGCAAUGAUGAAAUAUACAAUUCAUUUUAAAAAAUGAUUAUCUUUCUCUCUGUAUACAUAACCUGUCAACUGUUGAAUUGUUUUUUUUUUAGCACUGUUUUAGCUUAGAGCAAAACUGAUUGUUUUUAGAUUUGAUUUAAACUUAGAUUGUCAUUUCUUGGUGAAGUGUAGAUCUCCUUGAAUACUUUAUGGGCAAUUAUGUUGUUUCCUUUUUUUUACAAAUGUAGAUUUUAGCUUCUCAUUCAAAUUCAGCACAUUUGUUAAGAGUUGAGUAAUUUUGAAGGGGAAUACUGUCAUUUUUGUGGUGUGAUACUUAUUGGGCUAAAGCUAGGAACUAAUGUGAUUAAAAAGGAUGUGUGGAUAGAACAAAAACAAUCAUUCAUCACAUGGUGUGAGCAAAGUGUUUGUGUGGUGGGCUAUAUUUAAGAAGAUCACUAAAAAUCUGUAGCCACUUCAAAUGUUGACUAUAUGUGUUGUGGUCUAUGUCUAAGAUCACUGAAUAUAUUGAAGUAACGAAGUGGCUAACUAAUAGAACAAGAUGUUUUUUGCUUGGUCUGGUACUAGUUUGCAAUGACUAUUAACUUUUAGUAAUGUUGGCUCUACUUUAACCCAUUCCCUCUGGUCAUUCUAUUAACACUCAAAAUGUAUUGAACAUUUCUGUGUUUUCAUCUCUAUGAAUUCAUUAGCCUCCCCCAUCCCUCUCAAGACGAAUGGAUCCAGUUCUGGCAAAUAAACAUAAAGAUAGUAACAAACAAUUGUGAUUCUUUCUUUCAAGUUCAUUUGGAAAAGUAUUUCUAGAAUUUGUUAAACAAUACAACAUUAAAGAAAUGUUAAUGGAGUCAAGAUUAAUUUAUGAUCAUUCUGCAAGAUUUAUUUAUUUAAAGCAUUAAUAGUAUGAAUCAAUACAACUAUACAGACCACUGGUCUUUUAUUCAUUUAAGAUGUUUUGAAAAAAAUAUAGUAGACCAAAGAAAUGGAUUCUAUAGCAUUUAGAUCUAAAUGUUGUCUUAAUAAUGCAUUGUAGAGAUAAGGGACAUAACAAAUAGAAUAUGAAAGAAACAUCUGUAAUGUUAAAAGUUAUGGUCCCUACAAAAAUCGAAGCCAUUUAUCUUUAAAAUAGUUUUUUUUCCUUGAAAAAACAUUAUUUAUUAUUUAUUAUUCUCAUUCAAAAAUGAACCUAAAGAAUUGUAAAACAUUGAGUAUAAAAUGAUCAAGCAAAGUGUAUAAUGAGUACAAGCUUAUGAAUGUCAAGAUCUCAUCAAUUAAUGAGUGUAGAUACUAAGUAAAAGCAAUGUUCUUGAUGUUCUCAAAUUACAGAAGAAUCUGCAGCAAAUGUUUUCAUUGAUCAACAUGAUUUUCACUAGCAUAUCAAGUAGGACUCUGUUUGGAAUUUCUACAGAAUUUAAAUGUCUUGAAAUUUCAUAAUUAAGAUACUAAAGAGCAGGUGGAUAUAACUAAAUAAUCAAUGCAAAAUAAAAUAGUCAAAAGUCAGAAGAUUUAAAAUAAUAAUGUACAAAAACUCAAAUGAACUAGUAAUGUAUCGCUAAACAUCUACAUCUCAUCCGUAGUCUGCUUCCUAUGACAUUGGUCAAAACCGUAUCAAAGAUUGCAUAAUGUUAAACAUAGUUAAACCAAAUAUUCGAAAGCUCUGGCAACAUAAAUAAAUGUAAGUCACACACACACAGAUAUGAAACCAACUUUAUGUAUAUAUAAUGAGAUCAUUUAUCAAAAAAAUAAAUGAACAAUAUGAGUAUAGCACAAAGGGUGAACCACAUCAACUGAACAUCACAUUGAAAACAACAAAAAAGUAAAUGUCUUGAGAAUCUAAAACUGUUUCCACUUAAAAAAAAAAUGGAUGACAACAAUAGUACAUUAAUUCAUGUUGUGACUGUACAUCCAAAAUGUAAUAAACGACAUAAGUGGAGACCAACCCUAAACUAUGAACAUGACAAUUUAUUACUGAACACUGGAGGUUGACUUUGUUCAGAAAGUGUAGGGAUGCUCUCCAGGCUGUGUUUCUAUUGACAAGUAAAACACUUCUAAGUAAACAAUAAACACUAAUGACUCCAAUGAAGAUUUAAAUUAAACCAAUGCGAGUGUAAUGUAGACAAAACAAUUAUAAAUGAAUAUAUUUUGUUGAAUGUUAUUUAACAUCUAAUUUAGUGACAAGACUAAUAUCGUUAUUACAAAAAUAAGUACAUUGCCAUGUUUGUUGUGUAAAUAAAAUGUACCAAUCAACAAUCAUAUAAAGCUGUUAAGAAAAACAUUAUUCAAAAAGAAUUCAACAUGACUAUAUCUUGAAUGACUUAUAUACAUUUGAGCCCAACUCCAUUCCUUCCCAGGAGUUAAACUUAAUAUUCAGUUUUGAUAUAGAAGAAAUAAAUAUUUCAAAGGCAAUCUAAAAAAAUGUUUCCAUUCACUGACUAAAUCAAUUGUGAAUACUGUUUCAUGAAAACAAAAACUAUGAUUUAAACAAUCAUAGGAAAUAAAUGUGGUGUAAAUAGCCAAAGUUACCAGAAUUAAUAGUACAAUGCUUCUGUCCACUUAAAGAACAAUAUAAUUCAAAGGAGCGCAGGGUAGAAAGCAUAAACUGAUAUCACAUUUGAUGGCUGCAGAACUCAUUAAGCACAAGUAUGGCUUAUAGCCUAAUUAAACUAGAACUAUAGAGCCAAAUGUAAUUCACUAGUUAUAAGAAAUCAUGUCAAUCUAGUUAGGUCUGUUCCAUGAGACACUAGGUGCACCUAUAAUUUGUGCAUGCUAAGACUAUUUCAAGAGAACCAUGUCAUUCUAAACUGCUACAUACGACUGUUACUAAAAUCUGCAUGAAUCAAUUCAAUGUUAUUCUUAGUCACUGCAGCAUGAUCAUUAACUAAAAUUGUGUUGGUGGCUUCUUCAUCACAAUCCAUUGUCCUGUCGGUGGGUACAUCCUUGGCUUGCAGGUAGGGGCUAGAACCAACUAGGCUCAAUAUUACAGGCAAGAAGACCAAACCAUGGUAGAGCCCAAAUAUUACCACAGCUGAAAAUACCU